UGCAAGAAUGGACGGAACCAGCGACUAUACAACCACUAUGCGGGUUGGUGCUGAAUGUGUAGCGCACGUAUAAACCUACACGUGUACACGUAUUAUUUUUGUCCAUUGUGAACGAUUGUAGCUUAUGUGUCUCGCCCACUUCGACAGAUGCAAAUUAAGAUUGGAUUUGACCUACGACUUCACAAGGAACUGCAUACUAUAUACUGCGUCUAGUCUGAGAUACCAUGGCUCCAUUUCAGCGGUCAGCCGUGAUUUACGUAAUCUUUGGCUUCUGUCUCGGUCUCAUGACAUCUACACUAUUUGGUGGAUCGAUCAGUUACUUAGGUGGAUGCAAUCAACCUGUCGUAUCGAAUACGCACAUCGAAUGCAAGUACCCCGACUCCGAAGUGAGGGCGCUAACUGUUGGUGAGAUCGCAAAGCUAGAUUCAAAUCCGAAUCUCCCGCCGAACAACUCAGACUCAAUAAACAGCGUUAAACCCGAGGUCCCCGAACGAAAACCCGAAGAACCUGAGGUUAAACCCGAAGUGUCGGAGCACAAAGCCGAAGUGUCCGAACCCGAGGCGAACGCACGUCGAACACCGAGGAAGAUACUGCUUGACUGCGGAGGCAACGUGGCAUCCACUGUGCUGCUGUUUCGUGAGACGUACCCAGGGGGACAAGAUUAUAUCAUCCAUUCCUUUGAAAUUGAUGAUCGUCUGUCACCGUACUUCAAACCGUACGACAAUCAUCAUUUACACUGUCCCGUCGGCGUUGCAGGCCAAAAUGGAAACUUGACGGCCUAUUCGGAGAUGGUCUGGUCACCCAGUAAAGGUCUUAACCACGGCGCUGACAUGCAGUGGGGCGGCGGUUCGUUGUUCGUGUCAAGUAAAGAAAAGCAAAAUGAAAAAACAGGUGGGUAUCGUCAAUUAUCCUAUCGGAAGACAAUACCAGUCAUUGACCUCUCGCAGUGGAUUGUGGAUAAUUUCUCCAAAGAUGAUUACAUCAUCUUCAAGCUGGACGUUGAGGGCGCCGAAUAUGCAAUUCUGAGGAAGAUGAUUGACAACAACGUGAUGGCUUACAUCGAUAAAUUCUACGGUGAAUAUCACGACUGGCAACCGACGGGCUGGUCCAAGGCUGACAAAGCCCAAAUACGAACGGACAUCAAGAAGGCUGGCUUCAGCAUGAUUGACUGGGUCGGGGAGAGAAGAAAAUACUCGGAUAUCGAAAAGAUGAACCCAAUCAAGGUACCUGCUGGCACCCCUGGCGAGGCUGGAAAGGUUUAUACGAAUUGCGCCAGUGGCUCUGUGACUUUAACAGUCGCUGUGGGCAUGAACUACAAACGUGCGCGGAGAGUGGUAGAGACACUGGCAGCCCACAAGUAUAACGUUCCCAUCACGCUGUUCGUGUACGGAGACUUCGUUCAGAGAAACUCCGAGGCUGUCAAAACCUGGAGCGAGCACUUCAACAUCGGCAUACGGGAGGAUGGGCACAAUCCUCCGGGGCACUUAGAGCUGAUGCCCGGGGCUUGGGUCCGCAUGGGUCUGAUCAGCUCCAUUCUGCGCUUGGAGGAGAUAGGCAUCACAGCGUCUUAUUAUCUACCUACAGUGCAGGGAGAUGCAUCGACGACGAUCCUCGAUGAGGCCAAGAACAGAGGUCUGCGGGUUAUCAAACCGGUGGCGGAGUUUCCUGCUAAACAGGGUACACCUGGGGAAUUAACUUGGGACAACUACUACAAAAAUCGUGAUGUGGAGCGCGUCCCAAAGGCACUACGCAAGAUCCACGAUGCUUUGGCCAAGAACACUGGGGGCGUCCUAACUGUGGACUCGGACCUGCCAGACACGUACAUGAACUCUGUUUUCAUGAUGGACUAUUUAGUUGAGACCUCAGGUUUCAAGUUGGUGGAUUUAAAAGACUGCGUCUCUCAUUCGCGGUAAUCCAAGUUUUAGGAUGGGAGGAUUUUUUAAAGCCAUGUUUAUAGUCUUGUUACAGGACGUUAGUAGUUCGCUCUUUACUCACACUGAUCGAUCCACUGACGUCUUGGGCCAAGACUAGUCCAUCGAUGGCUACAUUCUUGGCAUUGUACAGUACUAACAACCAACUUACUAAGAUUUCUGUGCAUCGCUGGUUAUCAGUAGCCGUCUGUAUAACAAUGCGCAGCAGGGAAUCAAGAACGGCCGAGAGUUUUUUAUGGCGACUCUUGACCAAAGUUGGACUAAAGUUUAGCCCGCAUGCGCACCAUGCGGCACGAAUUAAACACUAGUCAACAAAUGUUCCUGAUCGAACUUCCUCAAAAUGAAUCUUGUGCCGAGUAUGACGUCAGGCCACAGUGCCGCCUUAUUUGAGGAGGGAUACUUUUUCGUGCACAUUGGUUCUCGUUUAAGUAAAUACUGAAGACUGCAGCUCAUAAAAUAACCCCGAAUGUAGACAAUACGCGUGAGCUGGAUCGUGGUCACAACCAGUCUUUUUAUUAAUGUUUUCUGCCUGAUUUUCGUUUUCAUUUUUGCAGAGUUGUAACGAGUCACUGAUUUUUGUGACUAGAGUCGAUUCGAGUCAUUUUAAAGAAGUGACUCGAGUCGGGUCAUUAGGUCAAGAAGGUCGAG